CUACAAAAUCAAGUCACGAGACAUUACAAGACAAACAUUUACCUCUAGUUGGUCAUUCCCAUUCAGACAUUUUUCUUCCCCACCAUCCUUUAUUUCUUCCUGUAAAUCAGAGCUUUUAAUCAAAACCAAGCUUCCAUUUUUCAGUGUUUUCGUCUUCAAUGGCUUCCCCUGCAAAGUCAUUGAAGUUAGCUCCAUUUCUCUUCUUCUCCAUUGUCACUAGCCUCAUCUUUUCUGCUAUUCCCAUUCAUGCCCUAAACAUUGGCAUUCAUGCAAAUGGAGACCUCUCUCUGAGUAAAGAAUGCAGUAGAACAUGUGAAUCGAAGUUCUGUGGAGUGUCUCCAUUCUUAAGAUAUGGGAAAUACUGUGGAUUUCUGUACAGUGGAUGUCCAGGAGAGCAACCUUGUGACCGCUUAGAUGCUUGUUGUAUGAAGCAUGAUCGGUGCAUACAAAUUAAAGGCAGUUAUUUGAGCCAACAGUGCAAUCAAGAAUUCCUCAACUGUGUAGACAGGUUCAAGAAAUCAAGAGCUCCCAAUUUCAACGGAAACACAUGUAAUGUUGAUGAAGUUGUCGAUGUUAUCAAAGAUGUCAUCGAUGCUGCUAUUGUUGCUGGAAAGAUUUUGGGUAAACCUUAAAAUUGUAUAAUGUCCUUCUAAAUAAGUCAAUUAGGGGCUAACUUGUGGCUUAUUUUUCUUUUAUUGCUUGUUCUCUUUUUCUACCUUUUUUAUUUUAGAAAAAAAAAAAAAAAGGUUCUUUUUGGAAUGAACCCAACAUUGUUUCCCCUCAGGAAUUGGCAGGUUUUUGUAAUCAAUUCUGUUAUCUUUAACAAUGAGGAAAAUCAAAAUCAA